AUCAUAUUAGAGAAACAUGGCCCGGUUUCACAGACAAAAUGAAUGAGUGACCUGUCUUAACUGAAUAUAACUUGCCCAGAAAUAUCUUAAAAUAUAUCCGCGCCAUUGUUUUGUCUCAAGAUGCAAACCAUGCCUUCUUCUAAGGCAUUUUUAUAAAGCGACAUAAAUAUCUUAAUUCAACCAAGGCAUAGUCCUGGCCUAAGCUAAGCCGUGUCUCUGAAACCAGGCCAUAUGCUGUUAUAUAUAAGAUGUCUGUCAUCAUAAGCUGUAUGUCAACAUAUAGCAUCCGUAAAAUAAUGUUAUUGACAAAAUAUCAUAUGAUAUAUAUUUUUUAUAUACAAGACUGUUCCUUCCUACUAUCUCUAAGCUUUUUAGAGCUGCUUGUACCCGAAACUAAAACCUGAAAAAGUUUUUUUUAAGUCUUGCUUUCAUGCUGUAUCGUUUUGUAUUUAAAACAUGCAGUUAUAAUGUGUUUAACGUCACAUUCAUUUUCAAACUGUGCUCUCUUUUAUUAACGCUCCCAUAUGUUGGCUGAAUGGUUUUAUCUCUAAUAAUAAAAUUUUAAGGAGGAAUAGGUAGACCAUGCACUGACUCAUUGAUGAUUUUAUGAUACUUACUGUGUCAUCUGUUUCUGUUUAAGUGCUUGAGAUCGGUUUGUUUUUAUGACGGCUCUAUUAAAUGCAUUUAUGAAAAAUAAAAAACUGUGAGAUGAGGUCAUGGUGGUCAAGGGUGUGUGAGAGAACUAAGAUGAAGUGUGCCAAGAUGCUCUGCUAUUACAAGGCGCUGCACGAGAGAGAGCGGCAAGCAAAGACGCGCAACCUUGAACUUCUCGAGAAUGUCGAGAGCUUGGCAGGAAAAUUGAAAGAAUUUUCCAUUGAUUGUAGCCGGCUGCUUCAAAAGAGGAUGGAGUACAAGAAUCGUAUUACCAGACUGAAGAAAGACGGGAAGAAAAUAGAGAGCAGGGGAGAAUCGGAAGCAUAUGAGCAACCAAACAGAUUCCUUCUGCCCGGCACGCGUGCAACAUCACAGAGUGCUGUCAUCUUUACGGGUCACCCGACCUCCAGUGGCUCAUUUGGAAAAGAUGGCAUCAUCACCACACACUUACUAGCUCGGACAGAGCUCAUACCUAAUCACCCUUCACUCUCUCCUCACCAAAGUGCCCUUUCGAUGUACGGCCGUGUUUCAAACGCCACACACCCUGCCGUCUUAUCUGAUGACAUUCUAAAAUCAGGUGUUUGCCUUGAGGGUGCACGUGUCAGCGACGUGCACGGUCAGCAGAUGGAGUCUGAUUCUGACUUCUCUCAGAGGGAAGGCGAGCCCCGGAGACGGGAGGAUCUCGACUCGGCCUCGAAAGAAGCUGAAGUGUCCUCUCGAUCUGUGACCUUGAAGAGGCCUGCAGCCGUUGUGUCAUUAGAGCGAUGUCCGACCCGCAGUCCUCCACCGGAUACUACUGAUCCAAGAGAUUCCCCUCAAUAUAGAAGUUCUAGAGGUGAGGAUGAGGCACUGUCUGCGGAGGAGAAUAGUGGAUCAGUGCUAGGAAAUCAAGAUCUUCCAGAUCACUCUCAAAGCAGAUGUCCCAGCAUUCCCAGUCCAGCUGUUGAAAGUAGACCAGAACCAUCAGCACAUAAACACCGUGACAUUUCAGUUUUAACAAAUCACACCUCAAGAAGAGAUGGUAAAACUCAAGAGCAGAAUGUAAUACACAUUCAGGAGGAGCCUGUCACACAUCAGUCUGGACGGCCUGGUGCUCUUGAACCCCCAAACAGGCUGUGCACUGGAGGAUUUUGUCAUCUUCUAGACCGCGUCGAGCGACGUCUCCGUGCUAAAGAUGUGACCAUAUAUCAGCGCGGCACAGUCAGUGAGCAGAAACUCGGAGAUAUCAUCAGUAUAUGCAGGCAGCGUGGCAGUCUGGAUGAUGUGGACCUGCAGAUGUGUGGCGCUGUGAUUCUUCAUCAGUUGCCCCUGCUGUGCUGUAAUCUGCCUCAGAGAUGUCUGUUACCUGCUGAUCUCAUCGACACUCACUGGUCAUCAACUACAAAGCAAGAACAGAUCAGAUCGUGUCUGUCUGCUGAAGGAGCUUCGCUGUGGGAACAAUGUUUCAGACACAUGCUUUAUCUGCAGAAUCAAAAUGUUCUGAGCACAGACCUCGUAGUUCAGAUCUUCACUCCAUUGCUGGUGCUCAACAACGCCACCUACACAGACAAGGCAGGAGAGCUGCUGAAGAGGCUUCUGGCCUACGAAUCUGAUACCCGUCAGCCGUCAGAAAGCGAACGGCCGUCUUCUAGCAGCUUGUCUUCGCUUCUGGACGACAGCGUGGAAAUCAAACCCGCCAGGCCUUCCAAAAGAUAUUCUCCAGUCGCUGAAACACGAGAAAUUCAAAGUGCUGAAGAGGACAGUGCCGACCAAAGCCCAGUGGAAAGUAUUCCUAUUAGAGAGACCAACGCAUAUCAGCUGCUUAAACAAACUGUGGCACAAGAGAGACGCUGCAGUGAUACGGAGGAAGAGGAUUCUGAGUCGUCAGACAUCACCAAAUCAGAAAGGGCUGAGGCACUCCGAGAUUCUACAACACAAAAUAGCCGGACGAAUGUUAAAAAUAAAGUCAACGCUUUCUCUGCCAUCCAGUCAAAGGCAUUUUGGGGAGAAUCAGACGACUCUGAGAUCGAAAUGGCCCUACGUCCUCAAUCCCGUAACGGAGACGCCAAUGACUCUGAUGAUUUUUAUGAUUGAUGUUAUGCAGUCGACCGUCCGCAGUGAAGGGUUUUUUUUUUUCAACGAGAAGUUAAUACGUUUGAAAGAGACGCCUUCGUACGAUUGAAAAACAAACAAAAAUCUUCAGAGAGGAACGAAUGCGACAUUCCGUGAAAACAAAUAAGAGCGAGCCUCUUUAUUGUGGCCAAAGACUGUGAAGGGUUUUCAAAACAUGUCGAUGUUAACCCUGCUUGAAUCUCUUUAGCUGAACAACACUUGGACCUGGUUGAAAUAGAUUAAACUUGGUUUUUAAAGUGAUUCCUUUGCACUGUGCUGAAUAUUACGCAUUUUCGAUGCUGCAGGUAUCUGGCGGCGAGUUGGAGUGGAAUGCUCUGAGUCAACUCCAAUGAAAAGCCAGUGCACAAUGGCCACUCCGCAUGGUGCUGGAACACCUUUGAACUCGCUCAAGUACCCGUGGCCCAUUUAGGAGGACAAAAUGCGUUGUGCUCAUCUCGGUAGGGAAACAAACGCUCUCUGUACUCGCGGUGGCUUGAACCUGUUUUCGUCAGCUGAAUGCGACAGUGUCUGCCUGUCUUUUUCACGCCAACGAUAUUUGGACCGGAGUCCGCUUCGGUGCAAUGCGCAAUAGUUCAUUUUCAGGUCUUCAUGUAUUCUGAUGAGGGAGAUGUUACAGGAAUUUGUAACAAAUUUACGAGAUUGCUCAUUCGGAGGAUCGUACGAAAACGUGAUUAUUAUCAAAACUGAAGCCCCUCCCCUAAGCAACCAUCACUGGCACGAAAGCAGAUCGUAGUAAAACGAAAAAACGAUGAUUACGAAUUUCCAUGAAGUUGUGUUGUUCUGACCACUUUUUGCGAGAUUUUCAGUUGCAUUUGAUAUAUUCUGUUUUAUUGUCAUAAACAUUCGUGUUAUUGUAAACAACCACAAAUGUUUGACGUUCGCUUUAUUUUCAAAGUUCUCUUUUAAUAGGCCGCUCCAUUACUGUUAUUAAUACUGUUAUAUUCGAAGACUUGUGGUUAAAAUUAGAUUUAAUUAGGAAAAAAGCACCGAUCAAACACAUCAAUAUCAUUACAGUAAUAACGGUUAUUUUUCCGAAAUGGCCGCCGCGACUGCAGCAGCCCUUUUCUAAUGGAGCUGAAAAUAACAUUACAAAGUAAAAUUGCUGUACACUGAUAUCCAAAACUGUUUUCCCAGCCGUCAACAAUCACCUGUGACUCGAGGUUUCUCAUUUUGCCUGUGACUCCGAGUUCAUUUGGUUUUUAUCGUCGCUGCGUUGUAUUUAACAUGCACACAGGCACGUUAUCCUGUAAUGAUACCCAAUCCGUGGCAUUCUAGCCAUCAGUAGGAUUCCAUUAGUUCGCUUUUAGGUAACUUCAUGGAGCCGAUACCACUAAAGUAGGACUCCACACUCAUUAGCCGUAAUGGCCGCGGACAGCCCUGACCCGCACGUGCCUGCAUAAUUUGGGGAUUGCUAAAAAGGCUCCCCUCGUAUAAUAUAUGUGUUAAGGAUCAUGUCAACAGAUACUUGUGUGACCGAGAGAGAUACUGUGCCCGCCGCUUCUGUAAACAGAUUUCAGGGUGAGAAAACAGAGCACAUUAUCAAUAACCACUAACAUAAUUCUAAAUAUACCGGAUGUGUUUUUCAAAAACUGUACCACUCUUUAGUCGGUCUCGGCAGGGAACGCUUUCUUGAAAUCUUCUUUCAUUUAAUAGAUCAACAGAAGAAAGACUCACAUGCGGGUUUUGAAUGUCAUGAGGGAGAAUAAAUGAUGACAAUAUUUAUGUUUUUACCCAUGAAUAGGCUACUUGCUUUUCAAAGCAUGCAUUUUUCCAGGAUCUUUUAAUGGAACUGAAAUGUUUGCUAAAUGGCUUCUGCUAAAUGACUAAAUGUAAAUGUUUGCCGAACUCGCUUAUGGUGCGGCACACUUACCGUUUUUACAAUCAUCUUUAGUCUACAGUAGGCUACAUUGCCUUUAUUGGUCGUGAUUUUGUAAAGUCCCGGGGCGUGCAAGUGAAACUUAUUCUGCCGGUGAAUAAUACGCUGCGAAGGCCAGACGUGUCUUUGUUUUUGGAACAAUGACAAUGAAAGACGGGAAGACCCAGAUGAAAGCAAGUACGGAAGUUAAACACUCAUUAACAAUGAUCUGCCAGCAUUCUGCUAUUUGCAUAUUGCGUGUCUAAUUUAUUCACGUUUAUUCGACAAGUUGAAGUUUCAAGUGUGUCCCUUCCACUCUCCCCUAUCCACUUUUAUUUUUAUCAGGGAAUAAUGAUUUAAAACAAGGUCAUUUGAUCUUCUCUUUCAAUAGACCAAUAAUGAAAUAUUCAUUCACUCGCCCGUGGUUUCUCUCACAGUGUUUCUGAGGAUGUUCAGCAAGACACAAAGGCCGAGCUUUUCAUCAUUCGAGCCCACGAAUAUAAAUAAUUAAGCACCUUUUUACCUAAAAAAACAACCUAUAGUUUACCUAAUAUGGGAUUUUAUUGGUGUCUAAGCAGAAGCCAUUCUGUAAUAUGCAAAUUGAAUGUAGAGAAUGUGGGCUGUGUGAAAUAUGGAAGCUUUUCGGAGGAUUAUAAAGACUAUAUGCAGUGUGCUUUGUCCUUUCUAAUGGCUCUGCAUGAACGAUCUGUAGUGCAACAUCUCCAUCUCAGCACAUUUGUUUGUAUUCAGACAGCAGUUUUUAUGGCUCAGUCGACCUGUUUGUACGGAAUCUGUCCUCUGACAGAUUGUUGCUGUGCUGUGUUUCCUAAUGUAUUCAUUCUGUUUGUGAGCAAUGAAAUAAUGAGUUUUUCAGCAUUUAUUAAAGGGAUAGUUAACGUAAAAAUCCUGGUUUUAAAUCUGUAAAUUAAUCUUUUGUGAAAAACAAAAUAUAUUUUGAGAAAUGUCUCGGUUGUUUUGUGUUCAUACAAUUGAAGUCAGUGGGUUUCGGUGUUGUUUAAUUUCCAGCAUUCUUAAAAAUAUCUUAUUUUGUGUUCAGCUGAAGAAAGAAUGGCAUACAAGUUUGAAAUGACAUGAAUGGCAUAACGUGGUAGACGUGGAAUGGCAUAAUCCUGGGAAAAUCAAAACAUUAUGACUAUAUACUGCUAUUUCAUACUUAGUGUAUAAUGCACAGCAGUGUUACUGGUAGAUCAAAAGUGAAAGUGACCUAUUAAAGUGAAAGUGACCUAUUAGUCAGAUAUGGUGACCCAUACCCGAAAUGUGACAUCUGCAUUUAACCCAUCUAGCAAGUGGUGAACACACGUACACCCGGACGUGAACCCCGUUCAGAUUACAUGCGAAAAAGCAACACGAUCCCAUUCAUUUCAAUGGAGAGCUGGCGACUUCCGGCGACCAAAUGGGGCUUGUCUAGCGAUGCAACAAAGUUGAGAAAUGUUCAACUUUAUGCAAACGAGGAGCGACAUUUGGGAGCGACAGCCAAUAGGAGUGAAAAUAGGAGCCAAGGUCAACGCCGCCGCCGCCAUAUUGGUGAGGGCAAAAGCCGACUACAAUGACAUACGACUGAAUGGUGGAGCUGCAGUUUUCUGGAUAAAAACACAUCAUUUUCAUUUCUCAACUAAUUUCAAUACUCUUCUAUUUACGUGGACUACAGAAACAUUUUGGCUCCAGGUAAAGAUGGUUAUUGACUUGAAAAUGUAUUUAUCGUCAUACGGAACUGUUAAAACUCAGGCUUGUCAAGUUAUCAUUUAGGCUUAAUAAUUGUGUACACAUCAUCGCUAAUGUGAAAUAAUUUAAGGUAGAUUAAAUGCACAUGAUCAGAAAACAGCUCGUUCACUUUAAAAUCCUGGGAAAAUCAAAACAUUUACUAUAUGACUAUAUACUGCUAUUUCAUACUUACUGUAUAAUGCACAGCAGUGUUAAUUGUUUUACUAUAUCACAUACAUCAUGUUUUACUGCGGUAACGGUUUUACCGGAUUAAAAAAAGAGAAUCCUUUAUCUUUGAAAAUGUCUAAAAUAACUACAGAAAAAGCCAUUUUUUACAACAUUGGUUUUUAUAUAAUACGUAAAUUAAACUAUAUUACCUCGGGUGUUUUGUUCGAGGAUUCAAAUAAAACUCAGAAGCGAUC